CGUUUUCUUGAUAUGGUACACAUCCUCAGCUCCGGUAAUAUGGCUCCGGUGAUGUACUUCACCGGAGAUUAGCAAGAUUAACAAUAAUUCUCUAAAAAGAAAUAUGGAUUUACCUUGUUGAUACGGUAGUCAAUUUCUCCGGAGAUCACCAAACCUCCGGGAUAUACGGAAUAAAAUUGUGAAUAUUUCUAUUUAACGUACGUUACACUCUCCGUUUAAUGGUGUUAGCUACGGCGAGACUUUACAUGCAUGCUAAGUUAAGAAUACUUGCAUGCUCUAUUUCUAAGUUAGUUCAAUAAGGAGAGUGGGUACUUAUUUAAAAUAUUAUAUUACAGAAAGUCCGUUGCGCCUUCCAAGGAUGUCCAGGGAAUUUCAGUGAUCCGGUGGGACAUGACUGCUGCCGGUCCCACGCUCAUUGCUCGAUCUCCUUCAUAGCUGAAGAAGGCCAGACCCCGUACAUGAUCUGGUUCCCGGAGUCUUGCGCAUGGUGUUUUGAGUUGACCUCAAUCUUGUUAAACGAUGAGGCGGAUGAGGAGAGUUUGAAGACGGCCAAGGCAAGUCUUCGACAGUGGGUGUCCGGAUUCGGCCGUAAUGCUCCACAAGGCUGUCCUUAUGUGCUGGAUAGCACUUUAGCUACCCGUCUGUUCCCCGGUUCUCCGUCGGCUGCGGUGAAGAGUGAAGUAGCUGCUCCGAUUAUAGAAGCCAUUCGAGCGGCUAUGGCUCCAAACCAGGAAGACCAACAACUGACGGGAGAUGUGGCUGCUCUGGACAUUCAUCUAGAACUGAUGGAUGAGCAGGUGAGUGGCGUAGAGGUUCCGGCAGGAUCCUUCAUUUCUCCUACCCCCUCUUCUUCUUCCUCUUCAUUUCUAGGUUUUGAUAAAUCUGUUCCUUCACCUUGGGAAGGUUCUAGGUCAGUCCGACCCAAGGUGAAGCCUUUGAAGGCAUCAAAGCCUUCAUCGAAGGCGUCUAAGUCAACUCUGUUGGCGAAAUCAGCGUCGUCUCCGGCCCCUAGGCCAUCGACUUCGUAUGAUUCAUCGCCAGCUGCCAAGGCCCCUCCUCCUUCUAAAGGACAGAGGGGUAAGUCCGCUAAACCCAAGACGACGGAGCUUGACUUACAAUCUGACCUCCUCGUGGACAAACUUUUGUCAAGAUUUAGAGAGGUAGUGGAUGAGAGAAUUCCUCCUACUCCGGCUCCCACUACAGCCACGCAGUCGGUGACUGAUAUAGUGGCGGAGCAGCUAAAGCCGAUCAGAGAUAUGAUCGCAGGUCUGCUCCAAUCCGGAACUCAAGCUGCUCCAUCGGCAGUUCCGGAUGCAUCAAAAUUACCGCCGUUCGAUAAGAACAACCCUUGGCGGUUUGCCCUCCACGCUCCAUACUUGGAUGGCGCACUAACCCUUGAAGGUCUGGGUACUCGACCAUUGUCAGAUUUCGAGUUUUACCCAGAAGGACUCCAGUUUCCUUUCAAUGGGUUUGUCAGACUGACGGAGAAUGCAUUAGUCAGAAUGGAUAAAGUUCCUAAGGAAACAGUUAUUUUCCCGAAGGAACAAGCCCAAGCUGUCUGGGCUCGCAUUAUGACUGAUUGGGGUUGUACAAAUACGAAACUAACCCCACACAAAGGAUCGUAUACGAUCUUUACAACUCCACAAGACAUCUCUUCUCCGUUCAUUGAUAAGAUCACGGAGCUUACAAUUCAGGCAGAGAAUGAUGAUCUGCCGAUGCCGACUCUCAAAGAGACGGAUGCUACCUCCCUCCACAUGCCAGCCAUUAGAGAAUUUUGGCAGGAUGUUCCGUCGACUUUCACAGUCGGAAAACUAGACGCAGACUGUGCGUCUUCUUUGUUUUCAGAAAGACUUCCGAAACUGCCGGAUAACUUACUUAAGGCAGAGUUUGAGGCAAGAUCAAGGUUGGCUAGGUCCAUCAACGCAGUGACAUCACUGGAGUUGGUGGCCUCCAUAUAUAAAGAAGAGCAGCUUUUCAAGGUCUUAGCUAAGAGUCUCUUACAGACUUAUCAGCUGGACCUUCAUGAAUUCAUUGCAGCCAGGAAAAGCUGCAGGAAACAUGUGUUAGCUGAGGCGACUAUUAGGCACGAGCCUAAUAGACUGAUCAAAUCUUCCUUCUGAGGAAAGAAUCUCUUUCCUCAAGAAGAAGUAGACAAGGUGCUACAGGAGGCGGCCAGGACGAACCAAAACCUUCGAGUUCGUUGGGGUCUCUCUUCCAAACGGAAGUUCGACCCUACAGCGAAGCACCAGAACCCAAAAAAGAAACAGAAGUAUUUUACU